GCACCUCCUUCAUUUCAGCUAUUUCUCCUUCCACAACACCCUCUUGCCUCCACCAUUUUCUUCCUCUUUUUCUUCUGUAUCCUUGCACAACAAACCAACCCAAUCUCUUUAGUGCAAAACACACACACACAGAUUCACAAAAUGUCCCCAGAAGUGCAGGGUCUAACUCCAGAAGAAUUCACAGAAGUCGAACCAAUCAUAAAAAAAUACCACAUCUUCGAGCCUACACCAAACGCCUGCACCUCCAUCAUAACCUACCGAAUCGAUGCUCCAGCAAACAGGGUGUGGCCAUUCGUGAGAAGCUUCGAGAAUCCUCAGAAGUACAAGCACUUCAUCAAAGGCUGCAACAUGCAAGGUGACGGUGGCGUCGGUAGCAUUAGAGAAGUCACCGUCGUCUCGGGCCUCCCGGCGUCAACCAGCACCGAGAGGCUCGAGAUUCUCGAUGAUGACAAGCACGUGCUCAGCUUCAGGGUCGUCGGCGGCGAGCACCGGCUCCAAAACUACCGUUCUGUGACGUCGGUGAAUGAGUUUUGUUCAAGUGAGGGGAAGGUUUACACGUUGGUGUUGGAGUCUUAUAUAGUGGACAUACCGGAUGGGAACACGGCGGAAGACACUAAGAUGUUUGUUGACACGGUGGUGAAGCUCAACCUUCAGAAACUAGGGGUGGUGGCGAUGGCGGCAACGUCAAUGCAAGGACAAUAAUGAAUGUUUUGGGGAUUUGGAUUCAUGCAGUCAGGUACUAAUCUGAUUAUUGUGUGGACUCAGAUUUGUUAUUUAGAGACAGUUGAGUUUGAGUUCAUGGAUGGUAUGGUAUUUAGUUAGUUAAUUAAUGCAUGGUUAGUUCCAUUUGCAAUUGAUCUACAUUGUUUCUUCUUUCUUUCUCAAUAUUCGUCAUAGAAUGAUGAUAAUAAUAUAUAUAUAUAGUUAAUUAUUUUAUCAUUA